AUGGGUGGCGAUCUGAAUUUAAAGAAAUCAUGGCAUCCAUCGCUGCUCCGCAACCAGGAGCGCGUCUGGGCGGAAGAGAAGCGAGCCCUCGAGGAACGCAAGCGCAUCGAUCAACUCCGCCGUGAACGCGACGAAGAGCGCCAGAUCCAGGAACUGCAGCGCCUGCAGGAGGCGUCGGGGGCGCCGCGACAGCAGAACCGCGUCGAUUGGAUGUACCAGGCACCGUCGAGCUCGACGGGCCACUAUGCCGAGGAGAUGGAGGGGUAUCUACUGGGCAAGCGCCGCAUCGACGGGAUCCUUCUCAAGAACGACGAGAGCCAGAAGUUGGAGAAGGGGGCUGAUGUUGUUGCGGCGCAUGCGGCGCCGCCGCCUGUGGGCAAUCCCCGCGAUACCAUGACGAAGGUUCUGGCGGAUCCGCUGCUGGAGAUCCGAAAGCGGGAGCAGGCGGCGUAUGACAAUAUGGUUAAGGAGUCGGUGAGGCGGAGCCGGCAUAGCGAGCAUGGUCGGGAGAAGGAGAGGGAUGGGGAUCGUCGUCGUGACCGGAGCCGGGACCGGGACCGGGACAGGGACCGGGAUCGUGGACAUAAGCGCAGGAGACAUAGCGAUGAGGACGGUCACCGGUCACAUCGGCAUCGGUCACAUCGGCAAAGGUCGCGAUCGCCGGGGUCGCCUAAGCGAUCUGAGAGGAGGCGAGAGGAUGGUCGCAGAGACCGUGAUCGUAGGGACGACCGCCGGAGCGAGAAAGGUCGGGAACGUCCAUCGAGCAGAUACAGGGACCGAGAUGGCGCACGGCGCGGAUCCUAUCAUGACCGUUCACCCUCUCCUCGUCCCGAUAACCAUGCGUCUGAUAGACGUCGAGCCGAAGACAGAAGCAACCGUAAUAACAGAGAACCUCGGGAUCAGGAUCGCAAGGAGUCAACCUACUGGGGCCCCGACAGACGAGACAACGGAGGUCCAAGAGACUCGUACGGUCGAGGUCCGGCCCCUAAACCCAAUCCCGGCAAUGCCGAAACCAAAGCGAAGGAACUGGAAGAAGAUCGUAAGAGAAGACUCGCUGAAAUGAUGUCCAACGCAAAUGAAUUGGAGGAGACUCGCCACCAGCGUAUCGUCGAGGUCACGGCCAUGGAAGAGAAGCAGCGCCAGGCAGACGAGAAGCAGCGGUCGGAUCGGGGUCGGUUUGUUGGUCAACUCCAUAAGCAACUCCAGGAAGACAGUCUGGAUGAGCGGAUCAGGCGCAGCCGUGGUGGUUUGGCUAAGAUGGAGGAUUGA